AUGGGCUCCUUUGUUCGCCGUCUGCGACGGCGCGCGUUUUUCCGCGUGGCGGCGGCCGUCUUUCUGGCCGCUGUGGCCCUGGCGCUGUUGCCCCGGCGACGUCGCCGCGGGCUCAGCUACUACGAGCUCCAGCUUCAGUCUUCCAGCCUGAGCCGGCCGUUUGCCGGGCUGCGUGCCGGCGAGGCGGGUCUGGACGCACUUCUGGAGUACGAGCACAGCCUCAGCGAGCUGCGCAACUCGCAGGGGCCGCAGCCGGUGCGUUUUGUGCCCGUCGCCAAGACAGACAGCGAGCUGAAGCGCAACACGCAGUUCCAGAAAUAUUUCAAGGACAUUUGGGCCACGAUUCUCGCCAACAAGCCCAGGGUGGGGUUUGAGCUGGCGCCGAGCAUGGCCGGCUCGGGCAUGCCGCUCGACGUGCUGGUCAGGCGCGAGUCCGGUGCGUAUAAGGCGGUCAAUAUCGCCAUGCACGACACCGCCGGCACGCCGCUGCUCAGCGAGGAGUACCUGCUGAACUGUCUCAAGGUGCCGCCCGAAAUGGUGGCCGACCUGGCUGCGUCGCACAAAAAUGUGGUGCGCGACCUGCCCGCGGCGUAUCCAGAGGGCCUCUACGAGGGCGCAGGCAUUGUGUUUAUUGGCGGCGGCAAGUUCUCGUGGCUGUCGCUGCUCGGGAUCCAGAACUUGCGCGCAACGGGCUCAAAGCUGCCCGUCGAGCUCAUCUUCCCGACGGAAGCCGAGUACGAGGAAAUGCUCUGCGAAAAAGUGCUGCCCGACCUCGACGCCAGGUGCGUGCUGCUCACAGAGCGCGUUCCCGAGCUCCGCAAACACAAAUACACAAUCAGAGGCUACCAGUACAAAAGCCUGGCGCUGCUGGUGUCCUCUUUUGAGCGGGUGCUGUUUCUCGACUCGGAUAACGUGCCGGUGGCCAACCCGGACGCGAUUUUUGUGUCGGAGCCGUUCACGUCGCACGGGAUGGUCACGUGGCCCGACUUCUGGCGCCGCGUCACACACCCCACGUACUACAAGCUCGUUGACCGCGAGCUCAGCGACGAACAGGUGCGCAACAACAUCGACGACGUCACGCCAAACAAAUAUUAUGCACGUGACCCGAGUCACGCGUUCUCGAGCAUGCCGCUGCACGACCGCGCCGGCGCGCUGCCGGACCCGUCGAGCGAGUCCGGCCAGAUCGCUGUGGACAAGCGCACGCACAUCCGGGCGCUGCUGCUGGCGCUGUACUACAACUACUACGGCCCGCAGCAGUACUACCCGCUGUUCUCGCAGGGCGGCGCUGGCGAGGGCGACAAGGAGACCUUUGUGGCUGCCGCGCAGCAUUUUGGGCUGCCCUUCUACCAUGUGCGCAAGGCCGUCGAUGUGAUUGGCUACUGGCAACUCCAGCCAGAGGAGCACUACACGGGAGUGGGCAUGAUUCAGUACGAUCCGGUGGUGGACUACAAAUUGGUAGCAGCGUACAAAGACUGGUUUUCAGCUCGCGAAAGGGAGCACGAGCGACGCCAGGCGUCGCUUGUGGGCCGCUGGCGCGACUGGUUGUCCGGAGAUGUGGUGUACGACCCUGCUCGAACGUUCACGGGCUGGUUCAACAAGACUAACAGCCGGCCGAUGUUUGUGCACUCGAACUUCCCGAAACUCGACCCGGUCAGUCUGCGCAAGGACGACUUUCUGUUUGUGACGAGCGGGAGUGCGCGCAAGCGGGUCCGCAUGUACAGCGACCAGUCCGGGCUGGACUUUGACUUCGAGCUGCGCCAAUGGCAGUUCAUCAAGAAAUACUUCUGCGACAGGGCCAUCGAUCUCAAUUAUCUGCGCGUUGCCGGCGUGACGUCGCUGGACUACUGCGACUUCAUUGAGCAGGAACUGGAGUUUCUCGAAAGUACCCAGCACCUGGUGAAUGUCCGCAACGCUACCACUAGCGAAAAAUAA